CGGAGCAGCCUUCGCUUUCCUCUGCCGCCUUUCGUCCUCCGAUACCUUGCGAGGCACACACGUUAUAUCAUCAUGAGAGCUGCAAACAUAGCUCUGUGGGCUGUUUGCCUCAUCAGCCCCGCAUACGCGGUUACAGUCUACCUCCAUCCUCCGCUGGCUGCGCCCGUACCAGCGGAACUUGAUGCAAGACAUGCAAGUCUCGUGCUCGCUAAACACUUCGGACUGGAGAAAUUUGAAAGUGUGGGAAGUGGAGCUGGUCUUUGGAAUGGUGUGUUGCAGGAGCAGGAGGCUGUUGUUGGAAGUGCGCCCAAGGAUGCACUUCUAGUAACCCUGAGUGAUGAGGAUGCACGAGCUAUUCUUCCAUUCAACAUGAAACCUACGUUUGAACUGCCCAGUCCGCCAAUGGACACGCUCUACCCUCUGAUUCAGACAUACAUUCACCGUGCUGCAGAGCUGUACACCAACGUCUUCCCAGAAUUUUUCUCUCCCUCCUCGCAAACAAGAACACGUUUCCUCGAUAUUUUCUCCGCACCUACGGAAGCCAACCGCGCCUUCAUCUCUUCCGUGUCAUCUCUCGUCGACUACCUCGAUGCCGAGCCCACAAGCGCGUCUGGCUACGCCAACUUCGCUGCAUUGGAGCUCAAAGGCCUGAAGGAACUCGCAGAAGAGCACGGCCAAGACUCUGAGGCAUACCAGAUUGCACUUAAGACCCUGCAGGCGGUGUUCGCCAGCGCGAUGGAGCGCCAAGACCUCACGCUCGCGGUCCUGACAUUCUCGCCGUCGUCCUCGCUCUCGAAGCGCGCUGACGAACCACAGUCGCCCCUUGCACCCCCUGUCUUGCCGCCCUCUGCGCCCAUCAGCGCAGUCUCGACGUGCUUCCAGACCUCCGACGCGUGCGCGAACUCCACCGACAGCUGCAGCGGCCAUGGCGAGUGUGCUGCGGCGACAAAGCUCGGCAGGACCUGCUACAUCUGCGCCUGUGCAGCAACCGUAAAUGAGAAGGGACUCACUGAGGAGUGGGCUGGCGAGGCGUGCGAGCGGAAAGACAUUAGCGGACCGUUCGUGCUACUUGGCGGAACUGUCAUUGCUCUUAUUUUGCUUGUCGGAGGCUCCAUAGGCUUGCUCACUGCCGUCGGCUCUCAGGAGCUGCCCAGCACGCUUACUGGCGCUGUCGCUGGAGGCCACAAGAGGGACUAACUGUCUGCUGUAUGCUAUCCGCUGUGUCACAUUUACAUGCAUGGACUGUCAAAGCAAUUGAUUCGAUAUUUUUACAUACU